AAAAAAAUCCCUAGUUGAGGCACUAACCGAACCCACUAGCCCCCCAUACAUCAGAGAAGAGAGACAUUGCCCUAGGCCCUAGCAGCCUCUCACCCCCACCUUCUCCAUCGCCGAACAAGUCUCUGUCGGCCAGAGGGUGCCAUUGCUGCUGGCGUUGCCACAGAACCCUCAAGUCGCCGCUGGACUAGCCUCCCACUUCUCCCGUCGACGUCGCUCAUCGCUCACCUUCACAAAACGCACGCCCACGUACGUUCUCUUCUUGCCGGCGCGCCUCAGCUCCGUCGCGGUCCUCUUCCCGGCGUUGCUCACGUUCGUUCUCUCCUCGACAUCUCUUUCUGUUCAAGCUAGCUCUCUCUCUCCGAUUUCACUCUAUCUCACCGAGGAGUUCGCACACUCCGUACUUCUUGUUAGAGCAUCUCAACCACCGUCCGCCACCACCGUGCCCCUCUCUCUGCUCUUUGUAACACUUGGUGUCUAAUGCAGUGGAACAAAGGUGAAUAUGGAAUGCGUGGUUCAGGGUAUUAUAGAGACACAGCAUGUUGAGGCCCUUGAGAUUCUUCUUCAAGGGCUAUGUGGCGUCCAAAGAGAGCGAUUAAGGAUUCAUGAAAUUUGCCUCAAGAGUGGUCCAAAUCUUGGCCCUGUAGCAUCUGAGGUUCGACUUUUAUGUGAUCUUGAGCAGGCUGAACCAUCAUGGACUGUAAGACAUAUUGGGGGUGCAAUGAGGGGUGCCGGUGCUGAACAAAUUUCAGUUCUGGUUAGGACAAUGGUUGAAAGCAAAGCAAGCAAGAAUGUGCUUCGUAUGUUUUAUUUACUUGGGUACAAGUUAGACCAUGAACUGCUUAGAGUGGGAUUUUCUUUCCAUUUUAACAGGGGUGCACAAAUCACUGUAACGGUGUCAUCAAUCAAUAAAAUGCUAAAGGUGCAUGCAACGGACGAGGCUGUACCGGUAACGCCUGGUAUACAGUUGGUUGAAGUAACUGCACCUGCAACUGGUGAAACCUAUGCUGAAGUUGCUUCUGCAGUUUCAUCCUUUUGUGAAUAUCUUGCACCGCUUUUGCAUCUGUCAAAACCAGGCAUUUCAACUGGAGUUGUUCCUACGGCUGCUGCAGCUGCAGCAUCCCUUAUGUCUGACGGUGGUGGUACAACUUUGUAGUGUGCUUGUAAUGUAUAGAUACAAAAUUCUUGUACGCUAUUAAACUUUCAUGUUACACAUGAUUAAUUGUUAAUUGAAACAAGGAAUGGAACUCCAUUGACACAAGUUGCUUUGGAGUGGCAUAAGUUUUAUAACGGAAAAGAAGAGAAAUGUGUGAAAACUGUUAUUGCUCAUCAACUUCCAAACUUAGAGUGCAUUUUUUAAUAAUAUUUGUUUGGGUAAA